AUGCCCUCGGCCACCAGCCACAGCGGAAGCGGCAGCAAGUCGUCCGGACCGCCGCCACCCCCGUCGGGGUCCUCGGGCAACGAGGCUGCAGCGGGGGCCGGGGCCGCCGCCGCACCGCCUUCCCAGCACCCCGCAACCGGCACCGGCGCCGUCCAGACCGAGGCCAUGAAGCAGAUCCUCGGGGUGAUCGACAAGAAACUUCGGAACCUGGAGAAGAAAAAGGGCAAGCUUGAUGAUUACCAGGAGCGAAUGAACAAAGGGGAACGGCUUAAUCAAGAUCAGCUGGAUGCCGUAUCUAAGUACCAGGAAGUCACAAAUAACUUGGAGUUUGCAAAAGAAUUACAGAGGAGUUUCAUGGCAUUAAGUCAAGAUAUUCAGAAAACAAUAAAGAAAACAGCUCGACGGGAGCAGCUUAUGAGAGAAGAAGCUGAACAAAAACGUUUAAAAACUGUACUUGAGCUGCAGUAUGUUUUGGACAAAUUGGGAGAUGAAGAAGUGAGAACUGACCUGAAACAGGGUUUGAAUGGCGUGCCAAUCCUGUCUGAAGAGGAAUUGUCAUUGUUGGAUGAAUUCUACAAGUUAGCAGACCCUGAACGGGACAUGAGCUUGAGGUUGAAUGAGCAAUAUGAACAUGCCUCCAUUCAUCUGUGGGACUUACUGGAAGGCAAAGAAAAAUCUGUGUGUGGAACAACCUAUAAAGCUCUAAAGGAAAUUGUUGAGCGUGUUUUCCAGUCGAACUACUUUGAUAGCACCCACAACCACCAGAACGGGCUGUGUGAGGAGGAGGAGGCAGCCUCGGCACCCGCUGCUGAAGACCAGGUAGCGGAGGCUGAACCUGAGCCAGCAGAAGAAUACACUGAACCAAGUGAAGUUGAAUCCACAGAGUAUGUAAAUAGACAAUUUAUGGCCGAAACACAGUUCAGCAGUGGUGAAAAGGAGCAGGUAGAUGAUUGGGCAGUUGAAACAGUUGAGGUGGUAAAUUCACUCCAGCAGCAACCUCAGGCUGCGUCUCCUUCAGUACCAGAGCCCCACUCUCUGACACCCGUGGCUCAGCCAGAUCCCAUUGUGAGAAGACAGCGAGUGCAGGACCUUAUGGCACAAAUGCAGGGGCCUUAUAAUUUCAUACAGGAUUCAAUGCUGGAUUUUGAAAACCAGACACUUGAUCCUGCCAUUGUAUCUGCACAGCCUAUGAAUCCAACACAAAAUAUGGACAUGCCCCAGCUGGUUUGUCCUCCAGUUCAUUCUGAAUCUAGACUUGCUCAACCCAAUCAAGUUCCUGUACAACCAGAAGCUACCCAGGUUCCUUUGGUUUCAUCCACAAGUGAAGGGUAUACAGCAUCUCAGCCCUUGUACCAGCCUUCUCAUGCUACAGAGCAACGAUCACAAAAGGAACCAAUUGAUCAGAUUCAGGCAACAAUCUCUUUAAAUGCAGACCAGACUUCAGCAUCCUCAUCCCUUCCUGCUGCCUCUCAGCCACAGGUGUUCCAGGCUGGGACAAGCAAACCUUUACAUAGCAGUGGAAUCAAUGUAAAUGCAGCUCCAUUCCAAUCCAUGCAAACGGUGUUCAAUAUGAAUGCCCCAGUUCCUCCUGUUAAUGAACCAGAAACUUUAAAACAGCAGAAUCAGUACCAGGCCAGUUAUAACCAGAGCUUUUCCAGUCAGCCUCACCAAGUAGAGCAAACAGAGCUUCAGCAAGAACAGCUUCAAACAGUGGUUGGCACUUAUCAUGGUUCCCAGGACCAGCCCCAUCAAGUGACUGGUAACCACCAGCAGCCUCCCCAGCAGAACACGGGGUUUCCUCGCAGCAGCCAGCCCUAUUACAAUAGUCGGGGUGUGUCUCGUGGAGGCUCUCGUGGUGCUAGAGGCUUGAUGAAUGGAUACAGGGGCCCCGCAAAUGGAUUCAGAGGAGGAUAUGAUGGUUACCGCCCUUCAUUCUCUAACACUCCAAACAGUGGUUACACACAGUCUCAGUUCAGUGCUCCCCGGGACUACUCUGGCUAUCAGCGGGAUGGAUAUCAGCAGAAUUUCAAGCGAGGCUCUGGGCAGAAUGGACCACGGGGAGCCCCACGAGGUCGUGGAGGGCCCCCAAGACCCAACAGAGGGAUGCCGCAAAUGAACACUCAGCAAGUGAAUUAA